AUGGAGGAUAAUGGAAAAGGGGGUGGCCAUGUUGGCCACUUGUGGCUGCUUAGCCUUUCUCUCCCCACUUCGUGGGCCCAGAUAUUAGUCAGCUGUGCCUACAAGAGUCUCUGCCAGCAGGCCCUACUCUCAGGCAAUGAUGUUGUCCUGCAGUGUGACCAUCUCAAGGCACUCUGGUACUUCUCUUCCAUUCUGGGGGAGGAUCUCUUGUUGCUCUCCUCAGUGCCUAACAUAAAGAAACUGCCUGGGGGCAGCUUCCAAUUGACCAACCCUCAGCCCUCCCAGACAGGCCUCUAUCACCGUGAGGACAAUGACAAUGCCCUCGUGGUAGAGUAUGAGAUUGAUUUCCAAGAUGUCACUACCCUAAAUAUUACACACAAAGGCCUGGGCCAAAAGCCCCUGCAGAAUGAGACCCUGAGUCUGGGUGGCAAGGAGCUCAUCUUCACCCACUGGGAGCCCUGGCAGGACUGUAACCGCUGUGGGGAGCCAGGUGAGCGCAAACGCCUGGGGUACUGCUACAUCGAGGAGCCCCUGGAAAAACCCAUGCCCUGUUGGCUCUAUCUGCAAGAAGAGAAGGUGCAGUACAGACGCAUGUGGGCUGAGAUGCAGGUGGAAGCCUGCCUUAUACCCUGCGACCACAUCAAGUAA